GGGUCUAAACAGAUCAGCGAUAUCAAAAUUGCACCGCCGUUCAUUCAUUACGGUAACAUCCACUCACACCUCUUCUUCCCCUCUCUUACCAUUGAUCAUACAGAGAUUACGCCACAGCCUUACACAAGAAUCGUAGUCUCCUUGUAAGACACGCACGAUACAGCCUUGUCCCUUCGUAAUAUCGACCAACGGAUUCCAUUUCCGCUGAAGCCUGGUUUCCUACCGGCGUCUCUUCCUGGUUGUCCAUCCGGUCAGCCACUUUGAUAUCCCAUCUAUUAAGCUUGGCGAAGAGCACCGUUGACGAUCCAAGGACUUCCCAAGUCACCAAUUAAGGAGUUAUUCUGAUGUUGCUGGAUUUUGGGUAUUAGGCUUCUAUCAGAUGAACCCUGCUCCGGGCCCUGCGCCGCACCCUGCGUUAGAAACGUCUUCCUCAUAAGCAUCGGUUUGCAGGGUUGCCUCGUCGAAGGAAACCUUGCGUGGAGGGGGUAUGAUGGAAGGACUUGAUCUCGGGAGUAUAUUUGUAUAAUUCGAAGUCCCGCUGCGAGUUGGGUUUUCCAUGUGACACAAAGACGAAUCGAAAGAUAUGGUUAUGAAUCAAUUAUCUCAGAUACCGGCGUGUCGAAACAGUAACAUGGCUACUCCUCAAGUAAGAAGACGAAGACAAUGUGGUCCAAAAACUAGGACGGGCUGUCAAACUUGCAAGUAUGUUCAUUACCCAUAUUCAUAUUUCUGAACCAAAACUAAUCUAUAAUUUCCAGAAUCCGAAGAAUAAAAUGUGACGAAGCAAAACCAUCUUGCAAGCGCUGUACCUCAACAGGAAGGACCUGUGACGGGUACCAAGAAAUCCCCACCUCUUUCACCAAAAGCGGCAACCCAAACACUCUCGCCCAACGAAUAAGCAGUACCAUCCCAGGAAGCACGCAAGAAAAACGCGGAUUCUCAUAUUUCAUCAACCAAACCUCUCCAGAACUGAAUGGGUUCUAUGCGAAUGGAUUCUGGGAUGCUCUUUUAUUGCAGGCUAGUCAUGGGGAACCUUCUUUGAGACAUACUGUCAUUGCUAUCUCUACUUUGCAUGAGGAGUUUACGCGGAAGAGGGAGGAAAGAGGUGUAGCAGAGAGUUUGGCUUUUGCGCUAAAUCAGUAUACGAAGGCUUUGGGACAUUUGAGGAGGAGUCUUGCUAGUGGGAAGCAAGCACCGCUUACGGCUUUGAUGUCUUGUUUGUUGUUUGUGUGUUUUGACUCGCUAAGGGGAUUCUACCGGACGGCGAUGGUAUGUACAAUUUCGUCUAAUCAGGUCGGUCGCUAAUUUUUGAUGCAGGUCCAUCUACGAAGCGGGAUGAAAAUCCUCGCAGAUUUUCGGAAGAAUAAAAUCGAAGACCCGAUGAUCGAGGAACUCAUCGCGCCAUUGCUAUUAAGAUUAGGAGUCCAGUCAAUCUUAUACAUAGAUACCAGUCUACCAAGAGACCGAGUAGCAUUCGCGCGAGAACUCACCAAGAUCGUUCCUCCGCGGAAAUCACUCCCAGAAUCAUUCUCCACCUUGGAAGAAGCGCGAAGUGCCAUAAACGAAUGCGCAGAUGGUCUAUUCCGAACGUUCUACCUGUAAGUUCUUUCCCACUGCACUCCAACUUCCUUAUUUAAUAACACAGUCAACCGAAACUCAGAUCCAACGGCGACCUUCCCAUGAUCUCACAAUCCCCCGAAACCUUUGAACUCCACACCACUUACCCAGCCAGACUCCACGAAUGGAACCUCGCAUUCGAGAAAUUCAUGAACGCUCAUUCCUCAACUUUUACCAGCAAACAAGUCCGCGGCGCCGCACUGCUGAAAAUCCACCACACAGUCGUGCGGAUAAUGUCUGACAUGACGCCCCCAAACACCGACCAUCGCCCCAUAUCCGAGGCCUUAAACUGUCCCCAGAGCUUCGAACGCUUCACGGCUGAUUUCCAGAUCGUUGUGAAUCUCUGUCGCUCACUCAUCACAGCCGCAGAACAGGACGCCAAAAACGGGAAGCCAGCACUCACCUUCUCCACCGACCUCGGCGUCAUCGGACCUCUCUACUACGCAGCGGUGAAAUGUACCUCUCAGCGUCUCAAACGGGAAGCGGUAGAUUUGCUCAAGCGCUGUCCGAGGAAGGAAGGAAUGUGGGAUAGUGCCACAGCCGUGAAUAUCGUGGAGCAGCUUUGGAAGAUGCAGGAGAAACAACGACGGCUUCAGGGGUUGAGGAGUCGAGAGGGGAGUCCGGAUGUGCCGCUACAAGAGGGGAAUGAAUGGGUGGAUCUUAUUUUCUAUGAGGGUGGGGAUUGGCAGUGGAUUUGGAAGGAGAGUGAUGGUCUGGGACCGGGGAUUAGGUUGAAUAGGAGUGUUACGCCGGUGCUGGGGGGGAGCUGUUGAGUAUUGGGCCUGGGUCUCUUUUUGGGGCCUGGGCCUGAGAGUUUGGUGUUUUUGGAGGGGAGUGUGAAGAUGGAACGGAGUGGUGAUGGGGGUCUUUUCAGGCCAGUUGAGGGGGAUGAAUUGCCGAGUGGUGAUUAUUUACUUACCCCGCCUCUGGAAAUGGAGGCGAGGGAAGAGGCAGGUCGUUGGCCAUUGGUGAAGAGGAAAGAGGAUGGUGAUGAGAAUAUAUUUUGGUCGAGUUGAGUGUGGAACGGAACGAGAGGAGGGCAUAGUGUGCUGAAGAUGGCUGUGAAAGGAGGGUUAUACAUAUAGACAUGGCUUGUGUCGUAAGUACAGUCAUGGCCUCUUGAUAUUCCAAUGGCGUUGAUUAGGUCGUUCGCAUAUUAUUGUCUUUGCAUUGUUGUAGGGUUGUUAAAUCUAAAUUUAGAUAACUUAUAAAUAAUUAAAACCCCUAUAAAUUA